UUGAAUAAUGUUUAGUUUAGAGACCAGCACUCAUUGUGUAGUCAAGAACAUUUCAAAUUAAGACAUAGCCCAAGCAGAAAAUAGACAAAAUCAAAAUGAUGACCGUUGUAUGAAUAAUUAAUUAAGGUUCUCCUCCUAUAAAUUCAAAAUUCUGCAGAUGGUUCAUCUAUAUACGAAAACCUCCUCCCAGGAAAUGCUGGCCACAGCUUCAUUUCUCGUUGUGCUAUGCGGCUUCGUUCUGGCUGAAUUUUCUCAUCAGGUUGAUGCAGAAAACGCCGAAGUUAUCGUCAGAGAUUUCGCUGGUUUGAGGUAUAAGCGUUUGGUACCAGUACAGCCUGUUGGAGGACGAAAUGAAACAAGUUUGGGUGACAUUAAUAACUCCAUAUCACAAAAUCUAAAGGCAAAAUCUCAAAAACAGACCAAGUCCAAGAGCCCGAAGAAAAAGUCAAAGAAAAAUUCAAAAUCUAAAAGAAAGUCAAAGAAAAGAAAGGAUAAAAAACGGAAUAAAAAGAAAUCCAAAAAGAGGAAAGAAAAGAAACAAAAAGGAUCUAAAAAGAAUAGAGGAAAUAAAACAAAAGGAGAACCAUCCCAAACGGUCCAAAUGUAACAGACGGCAGACGAAAACUAAAAAAGGAACCGAAAUGGAAAGAGGCAAGGAAAAUCUAAUAAUCCACACCAUUUAAAAAAAAUCAUAUGUAAUGAAUAUAGACCUACAUAUCUUUAUUGUAAUAAACGACAUCAGAACAGAAA